CACCAUAAAUUUUUUUUUCAGAUUUCGGAAACAUUUGGUUUUUCCAUUUUUUUAAAGAAAAUGUAUGGCUAUUAUGCAUAAUACUUAUAACUUCAUUUCUACAAAGAGAGACUCAGUCAAAUUCAUCCUUGGGUAUUGAAGCAAGAGAUUUUGGGGACGAGGCUAGCAGACAACUUCUGUAGUCCACAGCCAUACCUUCUCUGUUCUGUACGCUCCAACUUCUUUAAAUAUAAAUUAGGGGCUGACCUAGAGCAUACCUUGAGGAUAGGGGAGAGUGCCCCUAAAGGCCUAGCCACAGUCUUGGAAUAGGCUUCUGUGGUCAGGCUUUCCUCUUGUCUCCAUCAUACACAAAGUUUUAAUUCUAGAUACACUUUAUAAACAUCAGUAUAUUGGACCCUGCCUUCCCACAGACUCAGUGUUUCUGGUGUUUCUGCCUCUUCCCUAGUGCUAACUUUCUACUUAACGAUUGCCAAGAGGAUAGGCAGACAGGGAGUUGUGGAAGAAGGGAUUACAGAAGGAAAUGCCGCUCAGGAAAUAUAGUACUUUGCUUUGGGUUCUGGGGCCCUGUCUGCUAACCAUGAUCCCUGUCCAAGAAAGAGCAGGCAGGGAAUCAGGCAGUGAAGAAACAGGGUGUAGGACCUCUAGAACCAGGAUUCCACCACUUCAACCACAGCCCGGUUGUUCUCCAGUUGUUGACCAGGGAUGGAUAAUUGGAAAAAAUUGCCUGGGUGUCAACAUAUUACUAGUACCGAAUGCAACUUUUCUUCAGUCAAGCUUAAAAAUGUUUAUGAAAAAAUCGAAUUGCGCAUAAGAGCAGAAAAAGGAAACAACACUUCUCAAUGGCAUGAGGUUAAGCCAUUUAUACCAUUUCAAAAAGCUCAGAUUGGUCCUCUAGAUGUACAUUUAGAAGCUGAAGAUAAGGCAAUAAUAAUAAACAUCUCUCCUCCUGGGACAAAAGAUAGUAUCAUGUGGGCUAUGGAUCAUUCCAGCUUUAUGUAUAGCUUAGUUAUCUGGAAAAACUCUUCAAGGCUAGAAGAAAGGACUGAAACUGUUUAUUCCAGAGAUAAAAUUUAUAAACUCUCACCAGAGACUACUUAUUGUUUAAAAGUUAAAGCAGAACUACGUUCACCAAGAAGAGUUGGUCUCUAUAGUCCAGUGUAUUGUAUAAACACCACAGAGAAACAUAAAGUGCCUGCACCAGAAAAUAUACAAAUCGAUGCUGAAAAUCAGGUCUAUGUUCUUAAGUGGGAUUACGCAUAUGAAAACACGACUUUUCGAGCUCAGUGGUCCCAUGAGUUUUUAAAAAGGAUUCCUGGAAGUCAUUCAGACAAAUGGAAACAAAUACCAAACUGUGAAGAUGUCAAAACUACCCACUGUGUGAUUCCUCAAAAUGUUUUCCCAGAAGGAAUUCACCGUAUCCGUGUCCAAGCAUCUAAUGGAAAUAACACAUCUUUUUGGUCUGAAGAGAAAAUAUUUAAUACUGAAAUGAAAACUAUAAUAUUUCCUCCAGUCAUUAGCAUGAAAUCCAUUAAUGAUGACUCACUGCACGUCUCUAUCGGUGCUCCAAAAGAGUCUGAAAACAAGUCUGUGAACCAGCUUUACCCACUAAUUUAUGAAGUUAUUUUUCGGGAAAACACUUCAAAUGCUGAGAGAAAAGUUGUAGAGAAAAGAACUGAUUUUACCUUUCCUAACUUGAAACCGCUGACUGUAUACUGUGUGAAAGCCAGAGCACUCACUGAGAAUGACAAGUGGAAUAAAAGCAGUGUUUUUAGUGAUACUGUGUGUGAGAAAACAAAACCAGGAAAUACUUCCAAAACCUGGCUUAUAGCUGGAAUUUGCACUUCAUUAUUUUCUAUCAUUGUUGCCAUUUAUGUUGUGAAAGUCCUCUUGAGAUGUAUCAAUUAUGUGUUCUUUCCAUCAAGUAAACCUCCUUCCACUGUAGAUGAGUAUUUCUCUGAACCGCCAGUAAGGAAUCUACUCCUUUCCACUUCUGAGGAACGAACAGAAAGAUGUUCUAUAAUUGAAAAUGCAAACACUCUUACUGUAAUAGAAGAGACUAAUCCAACUGAUGAAGAUCACAAAAAGUACAAUUCCCAAACUAGUCAAGAUUCAGGAAACUAUUCUAAUGAAGACGAAAACAGUGGAAGUAAAAUAAGUGAAGAACUUCUGCAACAGGAAACUGUGUGACCAAGAAUGAACUCUAAAAUAUUAGGGAGUCUUGCGGGAGUUGCAGUGGGAGCCUGGGCUCCUUGGUCCUCUCAGUAACUAUCGAGAGAAUAUUUGCUUGUGGGGGAAGAAAGAUCAUCUUCAGAUCGUAGGUCCUGAAAACACAGGCAAGCACUUAACUAUUUGAAAGGAAUUUGGAGAAGAGUUUUCUACAUUCUUUUCCAUGUGUAAGGUCUUGAAAGACCUGUCAUUGGACCGCCCUGGAUGAGAGGAGUUAAAUCCAGAAGAUGCCCUCUGUCUUCCUAAUGAUCCCCUGAAGCCCCACCGUGCCGUCGUGUGGUAAGGGUGGCGCUUGUGUUUGCGUCAGCUGCUACCGUCGCUGUGCUGCCACUGCCGCUGCGUGUACCAUCUGUCCCUUCUCCGUCCCAGUAUUACAGUCCGUUAUUUUUCAGGACAUAUUUAGAACAUUUGGUCUUUCUUUGGACACGAAAGUAGGCCCUUUGGAAAUGGCUUUAGAAAAGCCUGAAUACCACCAUCACUUGGUUUUCUGAAAAAGUCGCUUACUCUGGGAAACAGCUGCAGAUGCCAGAAACACGGUAUGGUCCUUACAGUUUUUUCAGGGGAAUUCUAUCCGUUUUACCAAUUACAUUGGCUUCUACGUCACAGUUACCUGUCCCUUCUGCGGUUUAGGACUAAAACCAGACAAUCUUUUGCUAUAUGUCCAUGAAGUCUUCCUGAUUCAGAACAUUGGAACAAUAGCCUCUGAUGACAGUGCAUAAUCACUAAAAUUACAGAGAAACGGGAAACUAUCUGAGGAGAUAACUUACUGUUCGCUUUUAAGAUAUGGGAGUAUGUGACAUUAGUCACAGUGGAUGUAAGAAGUCUUGGGACCAGAAAAUGGUACUGAGAGAAGAGACAGAGUAAGACGUAGAGUCAUUCCGUAGGAAAGAAGCAGGUGGCUUUAGCGAAAAAUAAGGAUAAUGUGUGUAAUCAACUGCUGCUUACUAACAUCCUGAGUGUGGUUUGUUUUCGUGGCUUAUCUGUAUCAUUUCUGACUCCAGGCCAGCUUCUGUACACCGUCUGGAAGUAUGAGGCACCCCUUCUGCUCAGCCUACAUGCACUCAAGAAAAUGUCCUUGAUUAUUUAGUAUCAAGGUGUGGGAGGAAAUGUACCUAGGAAGAAAACCUAAUUUUUUAAAUAUAUAAUGCCUUUCAGAGGCAUCUGUAGCUUAUUUUUAAAUGAUUCGCUAUUUGGGAUUAUUCAUGGAGAGCCUGCAGAGGAGGAAAGUGUAGGAAUUCCGGUGGCCUCUGAGGCCGGGUUCUCGGCUUCAGUCGUUGCAGAAGGACCAGUGAAAGGGAAGGGAGAUGGAGCUACCCACAGCAUCACGGCAGGCCAGUCUUAUUUACACGGUGGUCCGCUGUGGUCUUCUGGGUGGAAGAAAAGGUUGAAAGCAGCUGCCCUGGGAAGGGCUGUGACGCUCAGCACGUCCUCUGCAGAGCACACCGUGUGCUUCCCCGGACCUCGGUCCAGCUCCUAGGGGAGCAUACAGUAUGGGCCGGGGAUCCCCGCCGAAGCAGUUCUCUCCUGCAGGAUCCCUACAGGGACCCACACACACCUUUGAUCCUGCUGACCAGAGGCUUUUGGUUCAAAGCAGAUCUGGGUUGGCCCUUCGCUUGUAAAGGCCCUGUCAGUGGGAAUUUGCCUCUGUAGCGAGGAAGUGAGGAACAUGCCAGGACCCUGUCAGCCCGGGCCUCCACGCUGUGUCGGUGCGACAGGCCUGGUCAGCACGCGGGCCUGGGAUUUACCACAGGAAGAAGGCUGCUUCAGAAUGGACAUCCCAAAAGGAAACAGCGCCUUCGUGGGAUGUGGAAGAGGGAAAACUCGGGCAUUAGGAUGAAAAGACACCACAGAAGUCGCCAGGUCCCUGGAUGUGGGAGUCUGUGUGUCUUUGAGGUUUAGGGACCCCCUGUGGUUUUCAGCGAACAAGCAUCUGAGCAGCAGCGAACAAAAACCUCUCGAUUUUGCCUUGUCUUCUGACCUAAAAAUGCAAUUCCAUCCCAUUCUUCACUGUGGCCCACAUGUAGCUUAAGCAGGAUGUGCUUACUUGUAAAGUGACAAGUAUUUUUUCUGAAGGAUAGUUUACCUGGAAAUACCAUAUACUUGGGAGCACCAAUAAACUGCCUCAGAACUACAAUAUUGAUAGUUCUUGGAGAAGCUAGAUAUAACCUACGCAUUAUGUAAAAGAUUUGUAUCAUUACAGCCAGAAAUAAUGUAUUAAUACGUAAUAUAGAUUAACAUAUACGUAAGUGGUGACAUACGCCUGUAAACAUACAUAUGUACUUAUGCCUACACGUGCACAUGCAUGAUGUGGGCCAUACUCCAGUAGUACAGCCAUAAAGACUUAGCAUAGCUUCUAGUUAGAAAAGUAUAAAUGCUGCUCGAGAACUGUGAACUAAAGAGUCUGACCAGAAAUUUGCAACCUAUAAAAAAGUUAUUUCAAAAAUAUAAUUUAGGGGCUUCCCUGGUGGCGCAGUGGUUGAGAAUCUGCCUGCCAAUGCAGGGGACACGGGUUCGAGCCCUGGUCUGGGAAGAUCCCACAUGCCACGGAGCAACUGGGCCCGUGAGCCACAACUACUGAGCCUGUGCGUCUGGAGCCUGUGCUCCGCAAGGAGAGGCCGCGAUAGUGAGAGGCCUGCGCACCGCGAUGAAGAGCGGCCCCCACUUGCCGCAACUAGAGAAAGCCCUCACACAGAAACAAAGACCCAACACAGCCAAAAAUAAAUAUAAAAAUAAAUUAAAAAAAAAAAAAGACCUAAAGAAGAAAUACAUGGUGAAUAUCUUUAAAAAAAAAAAUAUAUAUAUAUAUAUAUAUAAUUUAGAGUUUGUAUCUUUUCCCCAAACUGUGACCUUCAAAACAGCCUCUGAUUGCUCCUAAGAAUUUGGAGAGUGUACAGAAACUUUUCCUACCUGCCCGCUCCUCCCCGUAACCCUUCGACUACCUGACAUGUUUGUUUCGUGGUGUCUGUCUGCCCCCCAGGGGACCAGAAGCUCUGUGAGAGCAGGAAUUUACUUUGACUUAUUACUGUAUCCCCAGCACCUACCACAGUGCGGUGCCUCACACGUAAAAAGUGCGCAGGAAAUAAUUGUCAAAUGAUCGUAAUCUAAAAUUUGAACCAAAUGGGUGUUUCUGACACUGUUUGUGUGUCUUGUUGAGUUGUGGAAGGACACAACCAUGUUUCCAAUGUUUCUAUGCAGUGAGCUUUGUAUCUUAUUUCAUUUGUACUUUGUCUUAACCCCCAUUGCUGUUUUUUAAGCAGUUUGUUAAACAGUUUUCUGUAAUAAGCACUGAGGCCAAAAGUCUUGGGUUUUAUGGUGGUUCUGCUUGAACUGAUUAAACAUGCAUCACUGGA